UGUAAAUGCUGCCAACUUAAAGACAAAACAUAAACAAUCAUUGAUCAUAUUCUUUGGUGUAUUAUCCAAUUGAAUUAAUUAAAUAACUCAUGAAAUAUAAUCAUACAGUAGUUUGAUGUCGUAUUAAAAUACGCUAUUUGUGAUUUUGCCGAAAUUCGAACCAUUUACUGAAAUACAACUACAUUCCUCAAGGACCCAGACAUCGUAUUCAGUAUCACAUUGAAACCAGAACUUUUCUUGCUGAAAUGGCUUAUCAAGGAUACGGACAACCAGCUGGCUACGGCGGCGGGCCCCCGGGGCCUCAGCUGGAGAUGGGCCACGGGCCGUAUCCCUCGAUAGGGCCGGGCGGCUCGGUGUCCCCGCAGGUGCAGCAAUGGUUCCGCGCAGUCGACAAGGACCAGUCCGGGGCUAUCACUGCCAAUGAGCUGAAAGCGGCGCUCGUCAACGCGCAAGGGCAAACGUUUUCCGAAACUGCGUGUAACCUCAUGAUCGGGAUGUUCGACAAGGAUCGAUCUGGUACUAUAAAUGUAGAAGAAUUCGACAAGUUAUAUACGUACGUGAACCAAUGGCUAACGGUAUUUAAAACCUACGAUACUGAUCAAUCUGGCCACGUUGACGAACAGGAACUGACUAAAGCAUUUACACAAAUGGGGUUUCGCUUCACUCCGGAGUUCAUAAAGUUUUUGGUUAAACGUUGCGACCCAAAAGAAGGCAAGAUCUCAGUGGACCAGUUCAUUGUCCUCUGUGUCCAGAUACAACGUUUCACGGAAGCUUUCAGAGUGCGGGAUACGCAACAAAAUGGAACUGUCACUAUUGGAUUCGAGGACUUCCUGAAUGUGGCACUAAGUUGUUCCAUUUAAACUGGCGCCAUUCCCAAGUUUCCACUCCGUGUCAGAACUCUAAUGACUUAUCUGCAAAAGAAACAUAUUUUUAUUACGUGAGAAGAGUAUUACAAUGAAACACGAGUGUCAGAUUAUUUUCAUACAAGGCGUUUAGGUACUUGGCCGUGUUUGAUUUGCUUUGGCCCAGCUAUGGCCACCCAUACCAAUUAAUUGCAGUUACAAUAUUUGAUUUCUGAAUCUCGCUUUAAUUAAAAUACACCGCUGACUUUUUAUAUCAAUAAAUUGCUAUAUUUUUGAUAAAAUU